AUGGGCAGCCUUUACAAGUCCCCAACGGUGCCGUACUGGCAGGUCAAUGUCCCGGCGGAGCACCGGACCGAAGAGUGCCCGGAGGGCCUCCGUAACCUCUCCGCCAAGGACGUGGGGAUUCUGAGCACCCUGGACGCCGACUACCGCCCACAGACGUGGGACAAGGUGCGUCGGCUGGUCGACACGAACCGGCUCGACCUCUUCCAGCGAGUGCCGUCUGAGCUGCGGCGGUAUCGUCUAUUCAUCUUCAAAUUGAUUCAGGAGCAUGGGAGUGUGAUGAACUUUGUGCUUCGUCACAGAUUGGGAUGGGCCGAACCGUUGGUUCCAAAGGGGAAGCCCUUUGAGUUCGAUGAUGAUCUGAAGAUAUUAUGUAAUGAUUGGCCGUACGGGAUUGACGAGCGGAUCGUGCAUCUUGUUGUUUGGACAAAGUUUGAGAUCGAAGAAGACCCGGCAACAGGGGAUUUGACGGACACGGCGAGGAACGAGAUUGAAGCGUAUGUCGAUAAGACGUUUCGAUCAAAAACUAAACCCGAUUCGGUGAUCUGGUUCAAGAAUUGGAGGAGCCUUAAGUCCGUCCAUGCCGUAGAACAUUUCCACGUCAUGCUCUUCGACCCUGAUGCAGAAUUCAUCCGAGAGAUCACCAACGGUGACGUCCCGCAGUGCGAGAAGUUCCAAGCAUGGUAG